AUCCACGGUCUUUACCAAACAUAGCCUUCCCAACAGAGCCAGAAGAUUAAUGAAUUGCUGAUCCUUGUUGCUUUGAGCCGUGUGUAAAUGGUUAGAUGCAAACAAACCCUAACAUCCAUCCAUGGCUGCAGAUUGGUCUCACCUUCCUUCAGAACUUCUUCAACUAAUUUCACAAAAACUUGAUAAUGAACUUUGUCUCCUUCACUUUCGUUCUGUAUGUUCAACAUGGCGUUCUUCUUCAAUCCCUAACCUCAAACACAAAAACCCUUUACCCUUAAACCUUCCACCGUUCUCACAAUCCAACCCAUUCUUCAAUAUUCUAAACAGCAAAUAUACUACCAGCCACCUCAUCAAACACACCUUCUUUCUCAUCAAACCACCACAACAACAACCAUCUCUCAACCCUUGGCUGAUCAGAAUCGGUCCUGAUGUAUACGGUAAACCUCAACUCUGGCAUCCUUUCUCAUCAAACCAACUUUUAUCAUCAGAUUUCAAUAAUGUACUUGACUUUAACAAACUCUCGCUUCGAAUUCUCGGUUGCAUGUCCUACAUGCACCUCCUGAUUGGAGGAGAUGCAAGUUUCUUUAGCUUUUAUGUUGCUGCCGUGUGUCACAGGGAACAUCGUCCUGUUAUCGUCACACUUAAAUCUGACUUCUCUCUGGAGCCGAUGAUGUUUUGUUGUGGGGACGACAGUUGGACCAUGAUACCCAACAUGCCAACCUCUCAUGGAGGAAAUGCUUGUGUUUUUAAAGGAUGGCCUUGUGUGGUAGACAAAGCUGGUCGGACUGUCAUGAUUGGACCGGAUUUGACCACUCAUUUGAUCGCUGAGCCGGUGUUUGGUGGGCAAAAUAAAUUCUUGGUCGAGAGUAGUGAGUUUGAGUUGUUGCUGGUGGAUAGAUAUGAAAAUUAUUGUGUUCCUGUAUGGAUUGAUGUGUUUAGGCUUGAUGAGAAAGAGAAAAGGUGGGUCAAGCUGACGAAUUUAGGAGAUAAGGUUUUGUUCUUGGGGAAUGGAUGUUCGUUUUCUGCUUCUGCUUCCGAGUUGGGUUUUGCCAAUGGGAAUUGUGUCAUCUAUAGUACGUCUUAUAGCUUCCACGGUCUUAAUAUCAGGAAAUGUAAAAUGAGUGUUUUUCACUUGGAUCAAGGUCAGGCUUCACCUUUGUCGGAUUAUCCCGAAUAUUUCAAGUUGUUCUGGCCACCUCCAGCGUGGGUUACUGAUUUGCAUUUGUAAGGUAUUAAGAGAGGGGCGAGGGAAAGAAAGAUGAUAUGAGACACACCAUUGGGUUUACGCACAAAACUUGGCGAUAUGGAAAUUUAAUCUCUUAUUAUUAUAUCCUGACAGCAUGACGGUGAAACUGGCAAAAUUGUUAUAUUUCCAAGAAGACUUGUAUUUUGUUUCAAUUCUCAGUAUACUACUACUCAUGUUUGAUAUAUUGAAAAUAGUUCUAAUUUCUAAUUGGUUUUUGAUUCUCAGUCUUUAUUUCUAA